GAUUGCAAUUGGUGGAUUCUCCGGUCCCAUUCUCAUCGCGGAGAAGGAAAGAUCGGCAACCGAACACGUCGGCCGGCCGAAACACACGAACCGGAGGAAGAAUCCUCACCACCAAUAACAGCUCGAUUCCGCUCGCCGGUGGGUCCGUUCUCAUGCCGACAGCGACUCUCCAGUGGCUUUGCAGCCUCUCGUCGUAAGUAUGCAAUUUUCCUGAAAAGAAGAAAGAGGAGAGAAGCAAAACCAACCUUCAUUCUUCACCUCAGCUUCUGAUUCUUGAUUCCGAAGUUCCACGACCAGAGGGACCACUAGAGACCGAAUUUGCAGAAAUUAAAUUGGAAUAGAAGAAUUUGUUCAAGCGCUUCAAGGAAGCGUAGGGUUUUCCAAACUCGUAUGUUUGUUAAAUCGCAGGAGCUAAUGUCGCCACGAUGAUUCGGAGCUGAAGAGCGGCUAAGCUCCGAGAGGUGUGGCUCGUGAGGUUGGACGAUUCCGAGGAUAAAGAUGGAAGCUUCGUGUUUUCUCUGUGGCGGUAUUACGGCCUUGGCUCUUAAGUCGGCGAGCUGUCUGAGCCUCCGAUGGCAUCACAGUGCAUCGAACCCUAGCCUCGGAGCUGUUUCUCUCUUCGGCGGUGACAAUUUAAGUGCCUUCUGUGAUUUUACUCUCUCGACGAAAUUUCGGUUCCGGAAUUACAUUCACGGUGGAAUCGAAUGCAGCAGCCGGACAAAUACAACGACAGCCAAGAGAAGAAACAGCAAGGAGAGAAGAAAAAGUAUUUCCGGUAGGAGUCAGAAACCUCCUACCGGCAUUGUUAUUACGCCUGCCGGUGGAUCAGACGCGUCGUCUGACGAAGACAUGGAGACGACGCAGCGGCAGAAGCAACAGGGGGAAUCUCGUCGGGCUCAGGAGAGGAGGACGGUGAACGUUCGCGCUCUGCAUCAGAAUGGAGACCCGCUGGGGCGGAGGGAUCUUGGGAAAAGCGUUGUGAGGUGGAUUAGCCAAGGCAUGAAAGCCAUGGCCACGGAUUUCGCUCUAGCGGAGGUUCAGGGGGAGUUCUUUGGGGUCAGACAGGGAACGGGGCCAGGUCUAACCUUCGUGAUUCUUGCCCAACCUUACCUCACCGCCGUUCCCAUGCCACUUGGUCUUGAAGCCGUUUGCUUGAAGGCCUGCACCCAUUAUCCCACCCUCCUCGACCACUUCCAGAGGGAGUUAAGAGACGUCCUUCAGGACCUGCAGCGGAAAUCAAUUAUCGGUAACUGGUGCGAGACAGAGUCAUGGAAAAUGCUCAAAGAGCUUGCCAAUUCAGCUCAGCAUAGAGCUAUUGCACGGAAGGUUUCGCAAACAAAGUUUGUGCACCGAGGCAUCGGGAUGGACCUGGAGAAGGCCAAAGCUAUUCAGACCAGGAUUGACAAUUUUACAAAGAGAAUGUCAGAUCUACUUCAAAUAGAAAGGGAUGCUGAACUGGAGUUUACUCAAGAAGAGUUGGAUGCUGUUCCUAAACCCGACCAUAGUUCUGAUUCAUCAAAGCCUAUUGAAUUUUUGGUUAGCCAUGGUCAGGCCGAGCAAGAACUCUGUGAUACCAUCUGCAAUCUGAAUGCAAUUAGCACAUCUACAGGAUUAGGUGGAAUGCAUUUAGUAUUGUUCAGGGUGGAGGGUAAUCACAGGUUACCACCCACGACCCUUUCUCCUGGAGACAUGGUCUGUGUGAGGAUAUGUAAUAGCCGUGGUGCUGGAGCAACUUCUUGCCUGCAGGGCUUUGUUAACAACCUAGGGGAGGAUGGAUGUAGCAUAAGUGUUGCACUGGAGUCUCGGCAUGGCGAUCCCACCUUCUCUAAGCUAUUUGGCAAGACUGUGCGCAUUGAUCGUAUUCAUGGAUUGGCUGAUGCGCUCACCUAUGAGAGGAAUUGUGAAGCAGUGAUGAUGCUCCAAAAGAAAGGUUUGCACAAGAAAAAUCCCUCAAUUGCUGUUGUGGCUACACUUUUUGGAGAAAAAGAAGAUAUCACUUGGCUGGAGGAAAAUCAUUUGGCAGAUUGGGGUGAAAUAGAAUUGGAUGGAUUGUUGGACAGAAAAAACUAUGAUGAAUCACAGAGGAGAGCUAUUGGCUUAGGUUUAAACAGGAAGCGCCCCAUAUUGAUAAUACAAGGGCCUCCUGGUACUGGAAAGACAAGUUUGCUUAAGGAACUGAUCGAUCUUGCUGUUAGACAAGGGGAGAGGGUCCUUGUAACUGCUCCUACAAAUGCGGCUGUGGACAAUAUGGUUGAAAAACUUUCUAAUGUGGGGGUAGAUAUUGUCCGUGUGGGCAAUCCAGCACGUAUAUCACCUGCAGUAGCAUCAAAAUCUUUGAUUGAAAUUGUUAAUACUAAGCUUGCAAGUUUUAGACAAGAGUUUGAAAGGAAAAAGUCAGACCUGAGGAAGGACCUGGGACAUUGUCUAAAUGAUGAUUCUUUAGCUGCUGGCAUACGUCAGCUCCUAAAACAACUAGGGAAAACAUUGAAGAAGAAGGAGAAGGAGACUAUUAAGGAAAUAUUAUCAAGUGCUCAAGUUGUUCUUGCCACUAAUACUGGAGCUGCUGAUCCACUUAUUCGACGACUGGAUUUGUUUGAUCUAGUCAUUAUAGAUGAGGCAGGGCAAGCAAUCGAACCUUCUUGCUGGAUUCCAAUAUUGCAGGGUAAGCGAUGCAUUCUUGCAGGUGAUGAAUGCCAACUUGCUCCAGUAAUUCUAUCUAGGAAAGCUCUGGAAGGAGGUCUAGGAAUCUCUCUCCUGGAGAGAGCUGCAACCUUGCAUGAAGGGUUUCUUGCUACCAAGUUAACAACACAGUACCGGAUGAAUGAUGCAAUAGCGAGCUGGGCCUCAAAGGAGAUGUACGGUGGAUCACUAAAGUCCUCUUCAAGUGUCUCUUCUCACCUACUUGUAAAUUCUCCAUUUGUCAAGCCAACAUGGAUAACACAAUGCCCAUUGCUAUUGCUUGAUACACGAAUGCCAUAUGGUAGUCUAUCAAUUGGCUGCGAGGAACAUUUGGACCCAGCUGGCACAGGCUCAUUUUACAAUGAAGGAGAAGCAGAUAUUGUUGUGCAACAUGUCCUUUCUUUGAUUUAUGCUGGUGUAAGCCCAACAGCAAUUGCAGUUCAGUCUCCAUAUGUUGCUCAAGUACAACUGUUAAGGGACAGGCUUCAUGAGCUUGCAGAAGCUGCAGGUGUUGAGGUUGCAACCAUUGAUAGCUUUCAGGGCCGUGAAGCUGAUGCUGUAGUUAUAUCAAUGGUCCGUUCAAACACUCUUGGAGCUGUUGGGUUCUUGGGGGACAGUCGGCGAAUGAAUGUUGCCCUAACAAGGGCACGUAAACAUGUAGCAUUGGUGUGUGAUAGUUCAACAAUAUGCCAUAACACCUUCCUGGCGAGGCUGUUGCGUCAUAUCAGAUACUUUGGGAGAGUCAAGCACGCUGAUCCCGGUUCCUCUGGGGGAUCUGGCCUUGACAUGAACCCUCUGUUGCCUACUGUCGGUUAAAAGACCAGGAUUGGAAAAUGUAUGUAAUUCUUUGGCUGAUUCCAACUUGUGAAUAUUACGGAGAAGAAGCUUGAAUAAUGCAUGUCGGCAUUCCAUUCAGUGCCUGCCGCUGCCAGUCAUGUUUAUUCAUGCCCAGUUUUCGUUUUAUUUUGGUAACAGAGAAUGUAUAAUGUAAUUGGGUUGCUGGCAGAGUAGCAGGUGAAGAUUUGAAAUGAGCCAUUAUCUAGACCUCACUAAAUUUGACCUCUUUACAUCCUUACGGGUGCAUACAACUCUCUAGGUCUGUAUCAACACUUCUAAUUCUUUCCCGCCUCUUUCUGAACUGUUUAAUGUUUAUACUUGUUCCA